AUGCCUCGUGAAGUCUCCGACAUCAAGCAGUUCAUUGAGAUCUGCCGCCGCAAGGAUGCGUCCUCUGCCCGCAUCAAGCGCAACCGCAACACCCAGCAGAUCAAGUUCAAGGUCCGCUGCUCCCGCUACGUCUACACCCUUGUCCUGAAGGACUCCGACAAGGCCGACAAGCUCAAGCAGAGCCUUCCCCCUGCUCUCAAGGUUGUCGAUGUCACCAACGGUGACAAGAAGAAGGCUUUGUAA